UUUUUAGUGUCGACUAACGUAGUCAGCUGUUUGAGAUUUAAUAAAAAGACCAUCUUACAAAUGUUUUAAGAUUAUUUUUAUAUAAAGUGUGAAACAAAAUAAGUUAUUUUAUAUUUGCUUAGGAUAGAAAAAUCAAAGUGUCUUAACAAAGAUGCGUCUACUAGUUUUAUAUGGUAGCCAAACUGGAACAGCGCAAGACGUUGCUGAAAAAAUAUGGAGACAAUCCAAGUCAUACUCAUUUACUGGCCCAUUUAUGUCCAUGGAUGACUAUGCUAUUGAAAACUUAAUACAAGAGCAACUUGUGAUUUUUGUUGCUUCGACAACAGGACAAGGAGAGGAACCUGAUAAUAUGAAGCAUUUUUGGAAAUUUCUAUUGCGAAAGAGUUUGCCAGCAAACUCAUUGCAAACGUUGAAAUUUGCUUGCGUUGGCCUUGGGGACUCCAGUUAUUCUAAGUAUAAUUUUGCAGCGAAGAAACUUAACAAAAGAUUACUUCAGCUUUCUGCUUCUCCUAUAAUUCCUCUGGGGCUUUGUGAUGAUCAACAUGACCACGGAAUGGCUGCUACUUUACUUCCAUGGAUUCAAGAUCUAUGGUCGCAAUUGAAACAAAUCUAUCCACACCUCAAAGAGAAUUCAUCAAGUGAAUUUUGUUAUAAAUGGAACGUUUGGAAAACAACCAAUUCAAUUCCUUCAAGUUUAACUCAUUUGAAAUGGCCACUUAAGGAAAAUCCUUAUAGUUUUGAAGUCAUGGAAAAUGUAAGAACCACUUCAAAGGAUCAUUUUCAAGAUGUUCGAUUGAUAAAGUUAAAAUAUUCGUCUAAAAAUUUAACUUGGAAUCCGGGUGAUAUCAUUCAAGUUAGACCAUGUAAUUCGGAUGAGAAAGUCAAUGAACUGUUUGAUAUUUUGGAUGAACAUAAUCUGGGCUUUGAUAGGAAUACUUUGGUUGAAUUCAAGGAGAAUCAUGAAGACCUCCCUCUACCACUCCCAUAUCAACAUCCAGUUACGCUUGGGCUACUAGCAAAGUAUGUUUGGGACCUCAGUUGCGUGCCUAGACAGAGUGCCUUUGGGCUGUUAGCUUUGAAUUGCAAAGACGAACUGGAAAAGGAAAAACUUGAAGAAUUCACAACAUCAGAGGGCUUAGAAGAAUUAAUAGCUUAUGCAAAUAGACCACGCAGAUCUAUAUUAGAAAUAUUGUACGACUUUAGACAUGCAACAGCUGCUUUAACGUUGCCCAUAUUAUUUGAACUCUUUCAAAUUAUACAACCACGAAGUUUUUCAAUAGCUUCUGUUCCUGAAGCCGGUACUCUCGAUCUAUUGGUGGCAGUUGUCGAGUACAAAACUAAACUAUCUACCCCAAGACGCGGUUUAUGCUCUAAUUGGCUAAAACAUCUAGCAAUAGGGGAUGAAAUUCUAGGAACAAUUAAGCAGGGUACAUUAGUUUUUCCAAAAGAUCCUUCAACACCUAUGAUUAUGGUUGGGCCUGGAACUGGUAUUGCACCAUUCCUAAGCUUCAUAGCGAUGCGGGAGAACUCGGCGCAAAUCAAUACCGAUGCUAAAUCCAUAGUGUUUUUCGGAUGCAGAAACAAAGAAAAGGAUUAUUUUUGCAGAGAAUAUUUUGAACGUUUUGAAGCAAAAGGAGUAGCGAAGUGUUUUACUGCAUUUUCCCGAGACCAGGAGAACAAGGUUUAUGUUCAACAUUUGAUAAAGGAUAAUAGCUCGCUUUUGAAAGAUCUUAUUUUGAAUAAGACUGCAGUUGUUAUGGUUGCCGGAUCCUCGAACAAUAUGCCAAAGUCAGUCAAAGAAGCAUUUACUGAAUUACUAGACGAUGAAUUGUACAUUGAAAAAAUGAUAAAGACAAAUCGUUAUCAAGAAGAGACUUGGUCGUAAAUAGUUGAAUAUUUUAUUAAUUUGUAACUAAAAAAUUAGAACACUUUCUAACUAGAUAUUUCUUUUAAGGGUUUAUAAUGUUAAAUUAGUUAUUUUGUACAGUGCUGAAAAUGAAGCAUUACAUAUUAUAUUAAUCAUAAAUCGAUUUAAAUAUAACUUCAAUACAAAUUAUAGUCUUUUGUGAACUUAUUCUUAUCUUUAUUUGAUAUAGUGCAUUUAUAAUUAAAUGAGAAAU